AUGCGCGCGUCUCAUUAUCGUCAUAAGCAUUCGUCAUUCAAUGCGCUCAAUGCCAACGGCUGCAAUCAACAGUGGAGCAAUGCGCCAACUAUCAACGUUAUUCAAUUGAUUGGCAUUGCCCGCAUCGCCGCUACCAGAAGUGCACGUUGCGCCACCGCAACCACUCAGCAGUGCCGUUGUCGACAAAGGAUAUUGCCGCGCACAGUGGCAAUGGCGCGUUUGUUUGUGCAAUUGGCGCAAAAAUUGCUGGCGACUACCGCUACCAGCAAUGCCACAGAGGCCAGUGCCAAUGCCGCAGAUGCCACUUCCAGUCGCGUCAUUAUUACACCCGCCGACACACCGCCACCGCCAACGCCAUGCCAUUGCGCCGCUGAUGAACGGGCAUCAAUCGAUUUGCAAUCACCUACCCACAGCCUGCCACCUGUGAUCUGCCUACUGGCUCUCGCCUUCGCCACCGCCAACGCCGGUCUUUUGCCACACCACGGCCACGAUACGCACAUCGUGGAAGGUGCCCACCAUGUUGACAUACCACAUGGCAGCGGCAUCCAUCUUGGCCACUCAUCCGCCAUAGUCAUCGACGCCGGCGGCGCUGCUGAACACAUCGAAUCGCAUCCGGUCUAUCACCAUGAUGAACACAGCGCUCAUGUCGACGUACACCCAAUAGUGCAUGACUCUCAUCUUCACCACGAUGUGCAUCAUGAUGUCCACCAUGACAUACACCACACCGCAGCUGCUGCCAAAAUUGUGCAUCACGAGCCCAUCCACCAUGUCGAGCCGGUGCAUCAUGUCACCAAAGUGGUGCAUCAUGAGCCACAUCACUUCCUGCACUAUGUCAAGCCGGUGAUUGAUCAUCAUGUCAUCCACCAGGACAACCAUCAUGAUGAACACUUCCAUGCACAUGAUUUGCAUCACGCUGAGGCCUAUCACGGCCCGCUGUUGCACCAUCACGAACAUGUCGCUCACCACGCUCACCUGGUGGAUCAUCAUCACCAUCACGCCGCUUUGGUACACCAUGUGCCCGCUCACACACACUCCGCUGUAGUGCACAAAAUCUACCCAGGCGACGCGCAACACGGCAGCAUUCUGGCCUUCGCCCGCCACGCCCUCCAUGGCAAAUACGGCAAAGUGAAGAUCACCGAGAAACUUUACUAA